AUGGUUUGCUAUCGUUGUGGUGGUGUAGGCCAUACAAGCCGCGACUGCCUCAAGCCUGCCAAUGAAAGCCUUUGCUUCCGCUGCGGUCAGCCUGGCCACAUGAGUAAGGACUGCACCAGCGACGUGGAUGCUAAAGACGUGCCAUGUUUCUUUUGCCACCAGGCUGGCCACCGAGUCAAUAAUUGCCCACUCGCACCGUCGGACACACGGCAGCCAUGCUACAGGUGUGGUGAAGAGGGACAUAUUUCCCGCGACUGCACGAAUCCCCGCCCGCCACGUUCCAAGCAGUCAUGCUUUCAUUGCCACAAGGCAGGCCACUACGCCCGUGAGUGCCCGGAAGUGGUUGAAAAUCUGAAGUGCAACAGCUGCGGUAGGACUGGCCAUAUUGCACGGCGGUGCCCAGAGCGUAUUCGGACGGCGAGGAUGCUUUACCCGUGUUUCCGCUGUGGCGUACAGGGCCACGUCGCUCGCAAUUGCCCCAACCCGCGGUUGCCAGAUGAGGAACAGCCGUGCUAUGUCUGUGGUGAGAAAGGUCACAUGGCCCGCGACUGCAAGUCCCCGGCUCCGUUGAUUGCGUGA